AUGGCAUCUAAUACUCAAAUGAAUGACUUGGUCAGUCGGUUUAAUGCUCUCCAGGCUCGAGAAAUGCCCGAGCAGAGAUAUUACAAGGACCUUGUAGAAAGAUUGCAUGCGCUGCAAGAAACAAACCAUGUCCUCCAGGAAAAGCUUGCCGACGCUAACUUGGGUUUGAAUCAUAUGAGCCAGCUCCGCAAACUCUAUGAAGGCACUCGAUUGCAAUGCGAAACGCUCACUGCGGAUCUCAGAAACAUUAGGAGUGCUAAUAACUAUGUCUUUAUAAUCAUGGACGGCAAUGGUCUUAUUUUCGACAAUCGCUUUAUCAAGCAGGGCCGCGAAGGUGGUAAGCAGGCGGCGCAAGCUCUGCUUCUUGCGGUAGCGAAGCUUUGUCCUAGCCUGCCAUCUUCGUUCGAAAUUUUCUGCGACGUUCUGGUCAACAUUGCUGAGAUGGGCCGGGCCCUGGUGAAUGAUGGCAGCAUUGAUGACCCAAGUCUUUUUCAUGAAUUUGCCAUCGGGUUUACAGAGGUCAAGUCUUCUUUCAACUUUAUUGAUAUUGGCUUGAGUAAAGGAACCCUGGUUCGCAAGAUUCAAGAAACGGCAAUGUGGCAUUUGGGAUGCUAUAACUGUAGACACGUCAUGCUAGGCAUCGGCCAUGGUGCCCAAUAUGCUCCUUUUCUGCGCAGACUCAACGAGGCUGGUGAUGCCAGAAUGUGCGUCUCCGUGAUUCUAGGAGAACCGAUAGUGCGCGAAAUCGAGGCCUGCGGCAACACUGUUUACGCGCUUGACGGCGAUGUCUUUCGCACGACCAAACUUGUGGAUAAGACUUUGAUAGAGAAACCGAGUGUCCAGCGUACCGAGGCGACUAAACCCCAGGGUUCACCAGUACCUCGCGCUGCAACAACACAAGCAGUAUUGACGCCUGCCACGAGCACUUCAUCCAUGUCGCCUCCCCAAACUUCCUGGGCCAAGAUCACGAAAAACGCCACUCCUCCCCCCAAACUGACGAUGCCCCUACCUCCCAAACAGGACAAGACCAAGCUCGCGACUAAGGCACCUCCUCAGCCAGCUUGGAGCCCUGGACCUCGGGGCCGCGAUCCUCCCAUCACAGUUGGUCUUCCAGCCAUGGAAGAUAUCAAGCGGCGUGAGGACUCCGACAAACUUUGCAACAAUCACUUUCUCCGUGGGCCCUGUACCAGAAUAGGUGCUUGUACUUUCAACCACACGUUCAAGCCGUCAAAAGAGCAGUUAAAGGCACUCGCAAUGCUUGCUAGACAGAACCCCUGUAUUAACGGGCAAGAUUGCGAUGUCGACGACUGCAUAUAUGGACACAACUGCCCUAAUGUGACUAAUGGUGUAUGCACUCGGUCGCAUUGCAGAUUUAAGGUCGACGGUCAUCCCCCAAAUACCAAGUUUACCAACAGCUUUGCUACGCAAUGGGAUAACUGA